AUGAAUAAAGACAAUGAGUCUCUAAAUCCAUUUAAUGAUUUAUUAACUAAUGAACAAUUAACUGGUAGUAAUGUUACAGAUUCUAAUGAAGACAAUGAAGAACCAUCAUUGCCAAUAGUUGCUAUUAAGGAAGCUCAUGAAGUUUUAAAGAGAGUAUUGGGACCAGGAUGA